CCUCUGUGUUCAAACGAUUCUGUAGUGUGAGGAGCGCGCAAAUGUUGAGCGACUGUGAGAAGAUGGUGGUCAUCUCUUCAUCAACUACCAACGAAUGGUCACAGGUCUCUCUUGAUGAAAAGAAUUUGAUGGCAUCAUCAACAACAACAACAACAAGGCUUAAUAUGGAGAAACCAGGACAAUAUCAAUCACAACAACAACAUCAGCCGCAGCAGCCUCUGAGGUGUCCUCGCUGUGAUUCAUCAAACACAAAGUUUUGUUACUACAACAACUACAAUUUGUCUCAGCCAAGACAUUUUUGCAAGGCUUGUAAGAGGUACUGGACUAGAGGAGGAACACUAAGGAAUGUUCCAGUGGGUGGUGGGUGCAGGAAGAACAAACGUGUCAAGAGACCAAAUGGUGGAGUUGAUUCUUCAUCGGUUCUUCAAAACCCUAACCCUAGUCGGCCUAAUCAGUCUCCAUCGCCAAUCGAUGUUUCUUCGGGUAUAAGUCAUGUUAAUUCUUUGUUUUAUGGCUUACCCAGUAACCCAUCGGAGAUGAAUUUUUCAUUUCCAAGGUUUAGUAGUACUUCUGGGUAUGAUCUACUGCCUAAUCAGUUGAAUGGACAUGGAUUAGGGUUUUCCUCAAAUGGGUUUAAUCCUAGUAAGCAAAUCCAAGAUGGGUUAGCUUCAAAUUCUCUUAUUUCUAGUUAUUCUUCCAUGUUUGGGUCAGCCACCUCAUUUUCCAACACUAGUAACACAACAGCAACUUCACCAAGUAUUGCUUCUUUGUUUGCCUCAGCUGGUCUUUCCCAACAAAAGUUGAUCAAAGAGAACCCUAAUUUUCAAGGUUUGACACCCUUUGAUCAAUUUCAGAUGGCAAGUACUACUAAUGAUCAUAUGAAAGGAGUGAAAAUUGAUGAGGGAGAAAACAGGAUGGGUGAUUGGGAUACACAAUGCCAGAAUCAGAUGGAGGAGAUUGGUUUAUCUGAUCCUACAGUUUACUGGAAUUCUACAAGUAUUGAUACUUGGCAUGAUCCAGCAAAUAUUGGUUCUUCUGCAACUUCUUUUAUCUAGCCAAAAACCAAAUCUCAUAUAUGUCUCCCUCUUUCUUCUUUCUUCCUUGUUUUUCCUCUAUUUCUUGAGUUGCUUAGGCUUUGUUUAUGUAGCGGCGUUUAUUAAUGGGUUUAUAUAAGUUGAAGCAAAUUAAGAUGGCCGGGAGGGGAGAUUUGGAUCGGAGAGAUCAUGUCAGCUGCAAGAAUGAAAUAAUCAGCCUUACAAGUUUUAUGUCAAGAGGUUGAUAAUUACCCAAAAUUGCGCUGAGAGGAACCUCGGAUCCUCUUCAUCUCAUCAUUACAAUAUUAUCAAAGUUGAAGAGCUGCCACCAAGAGAAGGGAUAUUCGGUGCAACUUUCUUAGUUGUCUUUAUUCGGUAUGUAUACAUGCUUAACAUUUCCUUAUUGUCCUUCUUAUGUAUUUGUUAUUAACGAUAGAUAGGACUAGAGUUUAAUGGAUUUCAAUGGGAUGAAACGAUCGAGGAACUGAUUUCUUUUUCUUUUUUUGUGGGGGUGGGUAUAUUGGUAUAGGAGUUAAAGAGGGAGAUUUGUUAUUUCAAUUGGGAAUUGAAGGGUAUAUUAAGGUGUGAUUUGUAUUGGGUAUAUGUUGUUCACUUUGUUAAAUUG